CUUUUGCUUUCGGGUUGCCUGUGGGUGUGGUUGGUUGGGCUACUGGCUGCCUGCAAAGGGCAGAGACAACAGACACCCACCCAGCUGCGAUGGCCUCUCCAGCUACAGCAGGGGACAUAAAAGAUGAUGUUAUUUGCUCCAUCUGCCUGAGGUAUCUGACAGAGCCGGUGACUAUAGCAUGUGGGCACAAUUUCUGCCGAGCCUGCAUUGCCCAGUACUGUGCAGAAAAGGGAGCAGGGACACCCCUGACCUGUCCCCAGUGCAGAGCCCAGUUCCAGAAAGGGGAGUUCAGGCCCAACACCCAACUGAACAACAUUGUACAAAAGCUCAAAAAACUGAAGUUAAAACCAGGAAAAGGGCAAGAGGAGGAACUGUGUGAGAGGCACCAGGAGGCUCUGAAACUCUUCUGUGAGGGGGAUCAAACUCUCAUCUGCGUGAUCUGCCGAGAAUCCCGGGCUCACCGUGCUCACACAGUGGUUCCCAUUGAGGAGGCUGCCCAGGUGUACACGGUGAAACUCCAGGGAGCCCUGGGCCCUCUGAGGAAGAAGCUGGAAGAGGCCCUGGCUCUGACAUCUAAAGAGCAGAAGAAAACCACAGAGUGGCAGGGGAAAAUAAAAAAUAAGAGAGAGAUGAUUUCAGGUGAAUUUAACAAACUGCACACACUGCUGAGAGAGGAGGAGCAGAUGCUUCUGCAGAGACUGGAGGAGGAGGAGAGGGAGACUCUGCAGAGACUAAGGAAAAAUGUAACCAAACUCUCCCAGCAAAGCUCCUCUCUGCAGCAGCUGAUUGCAGAGAUAGAGGAGAAGUGUCAGCACCCGGUUGCUGAGCUGCUAAAGGAUGUGAAAAGCACCUUGAGCAGGAGUAAGAAUGUGAAACUCCAGGAACCAGAAGCUGUUUCUACUGACCUGAAGAACGUGUAUAAAAUUUUCCUUGACAUGAAGGAAGCGCUGAAGAGAUUCAGAGUGGACGUGACUCUGGAUCCAGACACGGCUCAUCCAGACUCGUCCUGUCUGAGGAUCGAAACGUGUGAGAUACGAGACAAACGACAGAACCUGCCUGACAACCCUGAGAGAUUGAUCCUUGGCCCAUGUGCUGGCGCUGAGGGGUUCGCGGGCGGGAGGCAUUACUGGGAGGUGGAGGUGGGAGACAAGACGAGAUGGAGUCUGGGGGUUUGUAGGGAAUCUGUGAGCAGGAAGGUGUGGGUCACACGCACACCUGGGAAUGGAUACUGGGCCGUGUGGCUGUGGGAUGGGGUCUACCAGGCUCUCACCUCCCCCCCGACCUCCCUCCCCGUGAGCGCCAGGCCCAGCCGGGUGGGGAUUUUCCUGGACUAUGAGGCGGGCGAGGUCUCGUUUUACAAUGUGACUGACAGGUCCCAUCUCUUCACUUUCACUGGCACCUUCUCCGGGAGGCUCCGCCCUUAUUUCAGUCCUAGUUACAGCGCUGGGGGAACAAACGUGGCUCCCCUGAUAAUCUGCCCGGUCCCAGCUCAGGCCGGAGGGAAUCUCGGCCCCUGACAGUGACCCCGCGGCACAGACUGGCCCCUCCCAGCGCUGCUGCUCUGCCCGCCCCCUGGUGGUGGGGUCCAGUUACUGCAAGUGCUCCAAGUGUGGCCAUGCCGUUGCCUUGGCAGCUGACAGUGUGAACACACAGCAGCGCUUUCCCUGGAGCGCUUUCUGAGCGGUGUUUUAACUUCCAGCGCUUUACAUCUGCACGU